UUUAUAUUUAUAAUAAUAUAUAUAAAUGUCUUACAUUUUAAAACCUGAGAGGCAUAAGGAACAGUGACAUCAAAGAUAAAAUGGCAACAGGAUCUGUGAAAGCGGUGGCUCUUAUCACCGGAGCCUCCAAUGUUAGAGGCUCUCUUCAUUUCGUUCAAGAACCAAACGGGGCAACACAUGUGACAGGGAGGAUUGCUGGCUUAUCUCCGGGCCUUCACGGCUUUCAUAUUCAUGCUCUUGGUGACACCACCAACGGCUGCAAUUCCACUGGACCUCAUUUCAAUCCACUAAAGAAGGACCAUGGAGCUCCAAGUGACAACGAACGUCAUGCUGGAGAUUUGGGGAACAUCAUUGCAGGUUCUGAUGGUGUUGCAGAGGUUUCAAUCAAAGACUUGCAGAUACCACUGAGUGGGAUGCAUUCAAUAUUGGGGAGGGCUGUUGUCGUGCAUGCUGAUCCUGAUGAUCUUGGAAAAGGUGGACAUGAACUUAGCAAGACAACUGGGAAUGCAGGUGCAAGGGUUGGAUGUGGCAUCAUUGGGCUCAAAUCAUCUGUUUAGAGUUGAUACUUGGUUUGAGGGGUUACUUCAUCAAGAUGCCCUUCUGGUAAAAACUGAAGCAGUGAGAAGAGGAAGAACGUCCUUCUAAGUUUUGCAGGGUCUCGUCCAACACACCUAUGCGAAGUUGUAAUCUCCCAAUAACAAAAUCUAUGUGAACUCGGAAUAUUCAGAUUGUCAAUCUAUCGCCAUGGCUUGAAAAGUUUUACUUUUUCUUUUGCAUGUGGUAUAUGGUGUCAUGGUCUCUGAUGGGUA